CAAAAACCAUGAUUUUCCCGGGAGCCGGUGGUCCAGAACUCGACAAAAUGGCGUCGGAAAAGGUGAAGAAGGAUAUUGGCACGUUUAUCACGUUUGGACUCCUAGUUGAAGCCGCCGCAUUCGCCGCCCACUACUUUGGAAUCGACGGAAUUCUCGUUUAAAUCGAUUUUUUGGCUAGUUUUUUGUUAGCAUUAUCGGAAUUUUUGAAUAAAAAUCAAAAAAUCAG